CUGCCGGUCCUUGAGCUGGAGAGACACUCAGGCAACGCUCGAGACUUCAGCAGCAAACUUUGUUUUUGCUCUGGUCCCUUCAGGUGAUGGAGUUCCUCACGGCGCGCACAUCUCCGCUCCCGCUCUGCUUCUUCACGUUUCUUGCCACCGUGCACGCCCGCGGCCUGCUGCUGCCGGGCUCGUGCAGCUUCGAGUCCGACACCUGCGGCUACGCGUCGGACGCAGACUUCUCCAGCUGGACCCUGCACCAAGACGGACACUUUGUUGCUGUGGAAGCAGCCGCCAGCGAUGACCUGGAGGGCAGCUCAGGUUCGGGUCUAGAACCGCAGAGAGAAGUUACAGGACUCCUGCUGAGUCCGUCUCUGGAGCUCGACGACUGGAGCUGCCUGAGGCUCGUCUAUCAGAUUGCGGAGUCCGGACGCCUGGAGGUCCUGAGGCGCACCGAAGGUCGGAGCUUCGACGAGCCGCUGUGGAGCAGCGAGGCGCCGUCCGACAGCUGGGUCAUCGCCAGCGUGGACCUGCAGAACAGCACCGAGCCUUACAGGAUCGUCGUCGAAGGGAGACCUGGGCUGAGCGCGGGGAGCAGCGUGGCCAUCUUUGAGAUCCACAUCAGCCCUGGAUACUGCCUGGCGUGUGACUUUGAGGACCCUCACCUGUGUGGAUACAGCAACCUGUGGAACGUCAACGUGAACUGGUACGUCGGAGGAGGGGGGGUCCAUCUGCUCCACAACCACAUGCCCACCGACCACACGUACCAGAACAAGACCGGUCACUUCAUGUACGUGGACUCCAGCUACACGAAGACCUUCACAGAGGUGGCCAAGCUCGUGUCCCCCAUGACGACGGCGCCCAUGUCCGGGUGCCUGAGCUUCCAGUACCAACGCAGCGAGGACAGAGGAAACCUGUUCUCCGUUUACACCCGGGACCGCCUGGGCCAGUACCAGGAGCUGUGGAGGGCGGGGUCAGAGAGCCAGGAGGACUGGAGCACCUCCCUUGGAGAAUGGAUACCUGUGCAGGUGGACCUGAAGGCGCCGUACUCCGUGCAGGUGGUCUUUGAGGUGGCCUUUAACAGUCCGAGAGGCGGCCAUGUUGCCCUGGACGACCUGGCGUUUUCUCCGGAGUUCUGCAGCGGAGACGCAGAGCCGACCUUUGACCCCUCCGUCGCCGACUGCGACUUCGAGUCCGGCCUCUGCCAGUACUCCCAGGACCGGACCGUCGGGUCGUCGUGGAGGAGAGUUUCCGUGAAGCCGAACCUUUUCAGGAACGGAGACCACACCACCGGCGCAGGAUCCUUCCUGCUGGCUCACUCGGGCCUGGACCCACGCUCCGGAUACGUUAACCGUGUGAUGAGUCCGGUUCUGCCCGGGAACACGAGGUUCUGCCUGAGGUUUUACUUCUCCCUGAGAGGUUUCAACCACACGGAGCAGGCCUUGGUGGUCUAUCUGCAGCAGCAGCAGGGCGGCCGGCAGGAGAAGAUCUGGACCCAGGCCGAGAGGUCCCGAGGAAUCUGGAUCGCAGCGGACGUCACCUUCCAGACGACUCAACCUGCCAAGGUGGUUUUCGUCAGCACCUGCAGGACUUUCUGGGACUGCGGCUCCGUGGCGCUGGACGACAUCAGCCUGAACCUUGGGGACUGCGAGCUGACAGCAGGUUUGUUGUCGUCGCCUCUCCCUGGACACUGUGACUUCGAGGUCGGGUUCUGCGGGUUCAGCCAGGACAAACAGGCCGACGUUGGCGACUGGCACCGGAGGAGGGGACCCACGCCGACCUCCUACACCGGGCCCAGGGGGGACCACACCACGGGUCUAGGGUACUUCCUGUACGUGGAGGCCUCGCCCAUGCUGCCGGGUCAGAACGCCCGGCUGCUGUCCCGACCCGUCAGGGGAACCAGGGGCCCCCAGUGCCUGCGGUUCUACUACCACAUGUACGGAUCGGGGACGGGGACGCUGAGGGUUCUGGCCGACAAGAACGGAGAGAGUGUGUUGCUGUGGCAACGGAGCGGCGAGCAGAGCGUGGCCUGGCUGCGGGCCCAGGUGGAGUACCGGAGCGACGCUCGGCACCAGAUCGUGUUUGAGGCGAUCCGUGGUCCUUCGGUGAGGAGCGACAUCGCCAUUGAUGACAUCACCUUGGAGGGCGGACCCUGUCCAGAGACGGAGGUCAGAGCCGCGGCGGGAAGCUCCAACGAGAUCGAAUAGACGGAGGGAGGGAGCAGACAAACCGCUGCGUAGGACGCAUGAACCCCCCCACUUCCACACCGUUAUUGUUUUUGCACACGACAGACAAGUCGACGUGUCACACAGAACAUGUGACGCACAUCAGCCGAGUCAGCAUUCCUCUGCGCCGCAGCACCAGAGGGCGUUAAACUCUUUACCUUCACAUUUAUAUGCAUUAGAUUAAUGCUCGUUGCUUAAAUAAACUGAAAACAUUC